AUGUCGGAGACGCACCGGACAGGUUGGGAGAAACCCCUCAAUCCGUCGCUGUACGCACCAGACGAGGAAGAAAAGGCAUUCAUGCAGGCGACGACGGGCAUUCAGGACGACGAAGAGCUGAAGGCGCACAUCAUCGCCGUACAGACCAAGGCAUUCGAGCUCUACAAGUACCCAUGUAUCCGUCAAUUUGAUUUUAUGAGGCUCAAGAUGGCACGUCUUCCUGCCUAUUCUCAGUUCAUUGAGCUGGGAAAGCGACGAGAAGGCGCGAUAUUCUUGGAUAUGGGAUGUUGCUGUAUGUCAGUCGGUAAUGAUAUACGUAAAGCUGUUCUCGACGGAUGGCCGAUCGAGGGAGCUAUUGCUGCCGAUCUGAGCGAAGAGCUCUGGAAUGCCGGACAUGAGCUCUUUCGUUCUACACACGAGACGUUCCCAGUCCCCUUCUUCAGAGGCGACAUACUAGACCCUGCCUUCCUAGCCUCAGCGCCGGUACUUCCUACGUGCCGCACACCUCCGGCAACGAAUACACUGUCUCUUCCCGAGAUGAAUACCUUGACUCAGCUACAAGGGAGAAUCGCCGCAGUCCAUGCUAGUUCAUUCUUCCACCUCUUCAAAUUCGACGCCCAGGAGCAGGUCGCACGCCGUCUAGCCGGGCUGUUGUCGCCCAUUCCUGGUUCCAUGCUCUUCGGGACACACGGCGGACUCGCAGUCAAAGGGCGAUGGUGUCCUGACGAAGGCACAAAGAUGGACUGUCAUUCGCCGGAGAGUUGGGAAGAGCUGUGGGUAGGCAUAUUUUCCGAGGUCGAUGCUGAGGUCGACGUGAAGGCGACAAUGCGGGAGCACAUAGGUGGGCUCACCGUCUUCGGGACUUACCCUGGAAACGCCGAACAGCGUUAUUGGCUAGAUUGGUCCGUGACUCGGGUCUGA